UCCGUAUGAUUUUCCUACAUACACAAAACAACCAAAAAAAAUUGUAUCCACAAUAAUAGUUGCACGAAAAUUCAAAAUGGCAGAAAAUAAUUGUGUUUGGCUUAUACUGCUGAUUCUUGUAGUGGCUGUUCCUGGAGUUUAUUUCUUUGUAAAAUAUCAUGAUAAACUGCAUAAACCCAACUCCAUUACAAGCAAUAUCAACUUCAAUGCCACAGUAUCUCUAGAUGGAGAUGGGGAUUUCACAACAAUCUCAGAGGCUAUCCUCUCUGCUCCAUCAUACGCCUUGUCGCGAUUCCACAUUCGGGUUUGCUCCGGAGUGUACAAUGAAGUGGUGACCGUGCCUCAAAGCAAGACUAACAUUGUAUUAAUUGGGGAUGGAGCAGAAGUCACCAAAAUAACAGCUAACCGUCAGAUUUCUGAAUUUUCAACUUCAGAAACUGCCACUUUCACUGUUUUAGGUGAUGGAUUCAUGGCACAAGACAUAGCUUUUGAGAACAAUGCAGGAAGUGAGAGUGGCCAAGCAGUAGCACUUUUAUGUUCUGCAAACCACGCGAUUUUUUACAGAUGUAAAGUCAUAGGGUACCAUGACACUCUGUAUGCUAAAGAAGGUAGUCAAUUUUAUAGAGAGUGUGACAUCUAUGGAACAGUUGAUUUUAUCUUCGGAUUUGCAACUGCUGUAUUUCAGAAAUGUAACCUCUAUGGUCGCGUAUCAGAAUAUCAGAUAGUGACCUACACAGCACAAGGAAGACAGUCCUUAGAUCAGAAUUCAGGAUUCACACUGCAGGGCUGCAACUUUACAUCAGCACCCGAGGAUGGGUUAAGGACCAACAUAAGUGGAUUUCUAGGUAGACCGUGGUUUCCUUACUCAACUGUCAUGGUAAUGGAAUCGUUCUUGGAUAGGUUAAUCAGUCCUUCUGGGUGGGAAGAGUGGCCUAAUACCACUGAUUCAAAUGCGAUUUACCUCGAGUACAGAAACUUGGGACCGGGAGCUGAUACGAGUAGGAGAGUAAAAUGGUCAGGUUUUAAGGUGGUUGAAGAUGCAAGUGAGGCAUUGCCAUACACUGCUUCUCAGUUGAUCCAAGGAAAUGAAUGGAUCCCUGCAACUAAGGUUCCCUAUGAUAGUGAAUAUCUGUCAUCAAAUUAGUUGAACAAUGCAUAUUUUUACUGUAAGUUAGUCUAACUUAUUGAUCUACUUCUGUCAAAGUAAGGCAAAAAUAUGUAGUAGUAGGUAAAUUUUAGUCAUAGGUCAAUAUACAAUUAUUAGGUAGUGGGUAACUACUAACUAGUUAGGCUUUGUAUUGUUUCUUUGUCAAAGAAGGCAAAGAAAAAAAGAAAUCAAUUUCUUACAAUUGUUUACAA